AACCGAUGUAACAAGUACUGAUAGAUUUUGCUCGCGACGUGCAUUUCUAAAACAUUUCUAACUCUACGUCGAGCCGCGAUAAACUCCGUCGAAUUAUAUUUCUUCCCGUGGCAGACAGCGACGGUUCUCGAUUCGCGGAGCAGCAAAUGAGAUUGACUUCCGACUGGUGACCCCUUUCUCAAACUGUAGUGACAUGAGCGCUCCAGCAGGAAGCUCAAAUCAUUCUGUGUUUAGAAACAUUGUAGCGCGUCCGUCAAGACUUCAGUCUGCCCGACUGUGGGGAAUAAUGAAGCGUUUUUGAACCAGCCUUUACUGAAGAUACUGUAGCGCUUGAUUCGAUGUUUUAAAUGUGUGUCGUGUCCGUCCAUUUGGACGCAUCAAAAGUAAGCAUUUCGCUGUUCUGAAACCAAAUGGAAAGCUGAACCAUGGCAGCAAAAGAGGACCUAUAUGCCAAAGUCGCUCCACGGAUGCAGCGGCAGAACCGGCCAGGAACUGUCAAACAUGGAAAUAGUCUGGAUGUGUUGCUGUCAAUGGGCUUCCCAAAAAACAGGGCGCUAAAAGCUCUGGUUUCGACUGGGGGCAGAAAUGUACAAGCAGCUUGUGAUUGGUUGUUUUCCCACGUGGAUGACCCGUUCCUGGACGAUCCUUUACCCAGGGAGUAUGUGCUGUACCUGAAACCCAGCGGUCCCCUCCUCAACCAGCUCUCCAACUUCUGGCAGCAGAGCCGCAUCACAUGUGGAAAGAACAAAGCCCACAACAUCUUUCCUCACAUAACGCUCUGCCAGUUCUUCAUGUGUGCUGACGGUAAGGUAGAUGCCCUCUGUGAAGCUCUACAGGCUGUGGUAGGUCAGUGGAAAGGUCGUUUCCCUUCCCCGCUCCCCCUGGAGUUUUACUCAUCAUCAAACUUCAUUGGCCUCUUUGUGGAAGAGAAGGUGGCUGAGGUGAUCAAGAGCUUUGCUGCAGACUUUGCCGUUGAGGCGGCAUCCAAAGCAGAUGUUCAUGUGGAGACCCAUAAGAAGCAGCUUCACGUAACUCUGGCCUACCACUUCCAAACCAAUCAUCAUGCAUCAUUAGAAAAACUUGCCAAAGGUGUAGACAUAACCCUGUGCUGUGAUUGGCAAGCUGUCCUCUUUUCAAGAGACAUCCGAUUUGCCAAUCAUGAGACCCUGCGAGUGAUGUACCCUUACAUGCCUCAGAAUGAUGAUGAACUGGAGCUGGUGCCCAGUGACUUCAUCUUCAUGUCGUCUAUAGAACAGAUCACUGCCAGUGAGGGCUGGGUCUACGGGACCUCGAUGAGCACAGGGUUAUCUGGGCUACUGCCAGAGAAUUACGUCAGUAGGGCAGACGAGUGUGACACUUGGGUAUUUCAUGGGUCUUUCUCUUUCCUUAAUGGAAUCCCCCCAAACAAUCUCAGAGGUGCAGUGGGUGGGAUGUUUUGUGACCCACACUUGGAUCGUCUCCUUGAGGACCCCCUGCCAUUGGAUGCCUCCGGUCUUAGUGUCAUAUGUCAGCCUAUGCAGAUCCUACGACCCAAUCAAUCUCGGUUGCCUAAGAGAACGUUGUUUGUGUGUCGCCAUGGUGAGAGAAUGGACGUAGUGUUUGGGAAACACUGGAUCACUCAGUGCUUUGAUGCCAAAGGUCGGUAUGUGCGGUCAAACCUCAAUAUGCCGCCGAGUCUCCCAGCGAGGAGUGGAGGGUACAGGGACUAUGAUAAGGACUGCCCCAUCACUGUGUUCGGAUCAACGCAGGCUCGGCUAGUAGGGGAGGCUCUUCUAGAAAGUAAUUCAGUGGUAGACUUUGUAUACUGUUCUCCAUCUCUGCGCUGUGUGCAAACAGCUCACAAUAUCCUCAGAGGUCUUCAAAAGGAUGGGAAGACUAAGAUCAGAGUUGAGCCAGGUUUGUUUGAGUGGACUAAAUGGGUGUCGGGAACCUCAUUACCCGCCUGGAUCCCUACUGCAGACCUGGCAGCUGCUAACCUUAGUGUGGAUACAACGUACAGACCUCAUAUACCCAUCAGUAAACUGGCCGUGUCUGAGUCCUAUGAAACUUACAUCAGUCGCAGCUUCCAAGUGACUCGUGAAAUUCUGUCAGAGUGCAAUAAUCCGGGAAAUACAGUGCUGAUUGUGGCCCAUGCUUCCUCUCUUGAGGCUUGUACAAGGCAGAUACAGGGUCUGUCCCCACAGAACUCUAAAGACUUUGUGCAAGUGGUCAGAAAGAUACCUUACUUAGGCUUUUGUGCUUGUGAAGAGAUGGGUGAGACAGGUGUUUGGCAGCUUGUGGACCCGCCCAUCCUGCCGCUCACCCACGGACCCAAUCACAGCUUUAACUGGAGAGAAACGCUGCUGCAGGACUGAGAGGCGCUGCAACUUUGCCUUCAAUGCUCUUUCUCCUAAGGCAACGAAGACGUAGCUUAAUGUCACAUCAUCACAGACCUGCUUUAUAGCUCUAUAAAAGGCUCAUGCUUCCAUAGCCACGUUCUUGCACUGCUACAGUACACCUCAUUGACUCUGUCUUAAUAUAUACAGCAUAAGAGCAGUAAAAUUUGCGAUAGAUUUCCAUGUGCUCAAAUAUCAUUCAAGCUGCAGCAGAACUCCUGCUUCCAACUGUAGCCCAGAAGUAACUAAAAAUCUGAGAGCUUCAAAGACAUGAUAAACUCAGGUUUCCUGCCUCAGUGAGGAGGAAAUAGUGUGCGAAGUUGAAGAGUCAUCAUCCAACACUUCCAAAAUGGAUGCUUCUGGACUCGGGUUGGGUCUCCGCACCCUUUGUAAACUCCAUUUUACUAGACUCUGUUGGGGAACGAGAUUUCACCCUAGUACACUGUGAAUCAAGUAGACAUGCACAACCUCUUGCAUCAAGAUUUCCAAAUUACACCUGCUACAAGCCCACUCACCAACCUCCUGAAAGCACAAGAAUAUAUAAAUGUAUAUAAUCUGGCAGGCAGACUGAGAAGCAGCUUUAAAGUAGUUUAGAAAUGGAUUUGGUGGACAGCACAUUCGUCCUGUGCCUUGAGGUCAUGCUGUUACUGUUAAACACUUUGCAACUAUAGGACACAUUGGGAGGACUGUUAGUUAGGGCUUAUUUGGAGACGGUAUUUAAAGCUGUACUGUCGCACUUUUCGCAUGUAGGGUCGAUUUUGCAAAAUGAAGGAUGCUAAAUCUACUAAGGCAUCAUCAAACAUUCGAAGGCUAUGCCACAGAUGGUUACACCUUCUUAAGCAGCAGCUUAAAUAAUGUUAUGUGCAGCUGUUAAGGAACGCAUUGUUGUGUAAGGCAAGCUUUACUUUCUGAGCACUUGAAAAAUCAAACCAAACAGGAAAGAAUGCUUCAACAAUGUAAAGAAUUGUACAUUAAUGCAUAGCGUGUCUGUAUAUACUAAGUAACAUAGUAAAAUCCAAUUGAUGUGUUUCACCUUUAGAUGGAACAAUUAUAAUUGCAUUUAUUUAUAUAUUCAUAAGAUAGUUGUAAAGAAAAUAUGUUGGUGCUUCAGGUUUUUUUUUUCUUCCUGUUAUUGGAAUAUAGAGAAAUCAAGCCAUAGCAAAUGACGACAUAAAUCACUAUAAUGCAGUGUUCUUCUCCACUCCAAGCACUUACAUAAGCAUAUCUGUUACGGUUACUGUAAUAUGUCAUUUGUGUUCCCUGAACUUCAGAACUAUUUUAGCUAUUUUAAUGAUGAUAAGGAGCAUGCA